AUGAACGACGAUGAGAAGAUAAAAUCGAGCGACGAUGCUCCACUAGAGCAAGAUCCCUCCCGGCCACCACCAGCCGACAGCCGUGAUGCUGGGUCUGCCAGCGCAGGAAGACUGUCGCCCAAGGCCAAGAAGCACGCAGCGGUACCCCGUGGGCCGAAGCGACGAACCAAGACGGGGUGUCUAACAUGCCGGAAACGCCGGAUCAAGUGCGGCGAGGAGAAGCCGCGAUGCAACAACUGCAUCAAGGCGCGGCGAGAGUGUGAGGGCUACACGCAGCGGGUGAUUUUCAAGCACGCCCUGGGGCCCUUUGGAGGCGCCUUCUCCGACCUGCAGUCGCCGCCCAUGCAGAUGCCGCUCCUUCCUCACCAGCAGCAACAGCAGCAAACAGGGCAGGCGCUGAAUCCGCAGCAGCGCCUGCUGGCACCGCGCAUCCCCCAUUCCUCACACUCGCACGCGCUGUCACUGGCCUAUCCUCCUCAACCGCAGCAGCUCCAGCACCAGCAGGAUGCCCGGCAGCUCUAUUAUCCAGUGUCUCGCGACCCGCCCGCGCAGGUGGGAGCUGGGCGCACUCUUCUUCCAGCCGUGGAUCGCCAGUCCGCGCACUAUCAGGAGGUCUCGGUGCCUUCGCAGACAGUUGAUCACAGUCCUCCGGCUCCUGGCGCCCUCUCCCAUCCUGAUUACAAUGCCAGCACCCAAGACGAGGCCUUGGAAAGCUCCCUCCCACUCGACGAUCCGUUCUUGGGGCAUCCUAUCGAUGACAGCCAACCAGGGUUCACAGCCUAUCCUUUCCAGGAAGGAACUUCCUCGUGGGAUGCCGGAGAGGAAGCACCUGGCUAUUACACUGUACCCCCGACCUUCUCUCAAGCAGCGUUGUAUGAAGACGAAGACGAAUAUUACGACGUCGAUUCCGACGAUGAAAUGCACGAAGUAACCGAAGCGGAGGGCUUCAAUCAAAUGAAUCUAAUCAUGGCAUCCGCCAAACAAGACGAUACUGCAAUGCGUUCCUACAACACUUUUCUCAACGAGCCAGACAUACUCGCGUCUUACCAGCCGUCGAUGGGAUCGUCUCCGCUCAACAAUCCCAAGACAGCACGCAUCUGGGUCCAUUUCAUUCAUGCAACAGGCCCUUCACUGUCCAUCUGGGAACGCCACAGCAUAAAUUCAUCAGCUCUAUUCAAUGGGCCUGUCCCGCUGUCACAGCAAGGGGUAUGGACAUACACAAUGCCUCUCAAAGCGCUUGAGCAUCCAGCCCUGCUUCAAGGACUUCUAGCCAUCAGCAGUCUACAUAUCGCGAACCUACAGCAAUCCGAUCUGACUAUUGCAUUUAAGCAUUACCAAUACGCUUUGAGAAAAGUGUCCAAGGCUGUCGGUCUGCCGUUGCGACGGAAGCAGGUUGCCACUCUUGCUGCUACCCUCCUUCUCUGUUUUUACGAAGUUAUCUCGGCAGAACAUAACAAAUGGGGUAGUCACAUCGCCGGUUCCGCACAGCUCCUCAAAGAAAUCGACUUUGUCGGCUUGAGCAGAGACAUCCGGGCUCAACGCCGGGCCCUCAGGCAACAGGACACGGAUGCAUGGGGUCAUUACAGCAACUUCCUUUCAUACAGCAACUCUGAAGACGACCCGUUUGCAGAGAAAGAACUGGAAAUUAAUAUGAAUGUUAUCUCAACUCUCGCAGGAAAGGUCGUUGAUUACGACCGUAUGGGACAUGUCGAAUACGAGGGAACAUUGCCAUCAGUUGGGAAGAAACAUUUGUCGCGAAAAGAUAUUGAGAAUUUUCGGCUUCAGUGCGAUCUAUACUGGUGGUAUCUCAAGCACGAUAUUACGCAGAGUAUGAUCAGCGGUAACAAAUUCUACACUCCAUAUGAUCGCUGGACGCAGUGUCCUCCUCGGGCCGCGCUUGGACGACCUGAUGCUGUAUAUGGUAGUUUUGAUCACCUUACGCUUCUUAUGGGUCGCAUGACGGACUUUGGAUAUAGGGAUCGGAAGAGAAAGAUCAAAAGCGUCGAAGCUACCGGGGGUGAAUGGCGUCCUCAUCAAGGCUUCUUUCAAUUUAUGGCCCGAUUCGGAAGUAAACCGCCAGCGGGGGGAACCUCCAAAAAACCCAGCCCUCCUACAUCUACUGAUAAAUCUACCCACGUCACAACAAGUCAACAAUCACCACCAGGAAAGGACCCCAGGCAAAAGCCAAUGUACGGCAUGGCUCCAACGAAUGGUCCGACUCCUGCACCUCCUGCUUUUACAGAUGCUGGUGAAUCCCCGCCGUAUUCCGGAUUCGAAGAAGAUGAAUCAACUAUAUCGCUACUCGAGGCUGAAAGAGAAUGGGAAAGUAUCCUUGUUGCCUAUGAUUUCUACGAGAAGCAACUAGGGUCUGCUUUUGCUCCUUUGCCGCCUGGUAGUACUCCCCCGAUUAGCACACCUUUUGGGCCUGCAUUGCAAUAUCGUUCCUACCUGAUCGCCGUUCUCUGGGCAUGGUAUUACACUGGUAGGAUGAUGCUGUAUCGUCUUCAUCCUUGCAUGCCACCAGCAACAAUGAUCUCUGCAGUAGCCGCAGCCGGCGCUACAGCUCGAUAUACGCAGAUUAUCGGAAAGAUUGUCGCAGGAGUAUACUAUCCACAAUUGUAUACUCCUGAAGCGGGAAACUUAAAUCCAAAUCUAGGAGCUGCUUUAAUCCAGAUUACCGUGCCGAUAUUCUUUUCAGGUGUUCAAUUGACCGAUGCUGUACAAAGGGGUUGGACUGUAGCCACACUACGCAACAUUUCUCGCCUCACUGGCUACCAAUCGGCUGAAACAAUUGCGGCCGGCUGUGAGUCAGCGUGGUAUCAUACAGCCAAGGCAGGACGCGGACCACCUUAUAUAUCCGAAUAUCUUAGCAAUAGGACAGAAACCAUCGUCGUCGAGGAUCGAGGAAACCUUGACCAGUAUUCCGAUCAGCAGCCGAAUCCAAAUUCAAGCAAGGACAGGCGCUUUAUUACAUUGACAAAAUCCACGCAUUCACGUUGGGCAAUGGGACUCUUAGAGCUAGAAACCGACCUUAGGGAUUUGCAUAUUGAUAACCCGCCGUAG